GCAAAGAAUGCAUCGAUUACUUCCUUACAACUCCAUCUGAAGACGCAUCGUCGGAAUCUCUAACAGAUAAUAUGGAGGUCUUCUCAUUUUCAGAAGAAAUCCACGACGAAGCUCAAAUCCUGCAGUCUUUCAAAAACUUUACGGAAUCUCCAAUUCCAACAGUUUCACCAUCGUCAUCAUCCUCUGCAAUUACUGUUCAUAAGGAUGAAGCAGGGAAAACAACUACAAUUGAUUCAGAUUGUGGAAUGAGUAGAUUCAUAGAGGUCGAGAUUGUGAUUAGUUAUCUCAGGGAAGCUCGUCUUCAGAUACUGAAUUCAGUUCAUGUUGAUGGCGGUUCUAAGAGUAUUGUUGAUGCCUUGAUCGAUUUAGUAAUUUCAAAUCUAGAUGGUAUGUCUGGAGAUAAUAAGGACAGGUUGCCUAACCUUGUUACAGUAAAAACUCAUAUUCUGUUUCUCCUCUUUGCUACUUGUAUUCUUGUUGCUUUUAUGAUUGCUUUGUUCAGCACGAGAGGACCAGAAAGAUUAACUGAACCACCGCCAACUUAAG